UUCAUGCGUGCGUGCACGCGCGCUUUCAUAUAAGCGGCGCGGCUGCCUCGCAGCUUGGACCUAACACAGCAGCAGAGCAGCCGAGCCAGCGGCGGGAGCUCGAACGGAGGAGCCAAAGAGAGGAGAACCACCGAGUGCAGAGCUCUCUUUGCAGCUCACUCUCCCGUUCCCAACAAGAAUCAGCUCGCGCUCACAGGUCUCGAUCGGCGAUCGGAAUGGACGCCAUGGAGAGGGGCGAGCUCGCGCCGCUUCUGCCCGAGGGUCAUGGCCCGAAGAUUCUGGAGGAUAGCCUUCAAGUGCCACUCCUGAAGGAUAAGAAACGCACCAGCAGCAAGGCGCCAGCGGUUCUUCUUGGGUUCGAGUGCCUGGAGAGCACAGCGUUCAAUGGCAUCUCGACGAACCUGGUGGUGUACCUCGAGACCGUCCUCCACGGCAGCAACCUAGCGAGCGCGUCCAACGUCACGACGUGGUUCGGCACGAGCUACCUCACCCCGAUCUUUGGCGCCAUCAUCGCCGACACCUUCUGGGGCAACUACAACACCAUCCUCGUCUCGCUCGCCGUCUACCUUCUUGGGAUGAUGCUGGUGACCUUCUCGGCGUUCCUGCCUACGGCCACAGUGCUCGGCGGCUCGUCGGUGUUCGGCGCGCAGACCGUGGCGUUCCUCGGGCUGUACCUCGUGGCGAUCGGGUGCGGCGGGGUGCGCUCGUCCUUGCUGCCGUUCGGCGCGGAGCAGUUCGAUGACGACAACGCGGCAGACCGGGAGAGCAAGGCGUCCUUCUUCAGCUGGUUCUACCUCUGCGUCGACUUCGGCCCGAUUGUCUCCGGCCUGCUCAUCGUGUGGAUCCAGCAGAACGUCAGCUGGGGCCUCGGUUUCGGCAUCGCUACCGCUUGCAUCGCGCUCGCCUUCGGUGCUUUCGUGCUCGCCACUCCCAUGUACAAGCGCCGCAUGCCCACCGGCACGCCGCUCAAGCGCCUGAGCCAAGUUGUCGUCGCUGCCUGCCGGAAGAUCAGCCUCAGGCUCCCCGCCGACACUGGCAUGCUCUACGAGGUCAGCGACAAGCUGAAGUCCCAGCCCAAGAUCGCGCACACCGGCGAGUUCUCGUUUCUUGACAAGGCGGCCAUCAUCUCCGAGUCAGACUUGGAGGAGAUUUCGGAGGAGGCGGGCUCGUCGUGGAAGCUCUGCACCGUGACGCAGGUCGAGGAGCUCAAGAUCCUGCUGCGGCUUCUGCCCAUCUGGGCGACCAGCAUCAUCGUCUCCUCUGCAUACUCGCAGAUGAACACCACCUUCAUCCAGCAGGGCAGCGCCAUGAACAUGUCUAUCCUGUCGGUGCCAGUGCCAGCGGCGUCGAUGGGCUCGUUCGAGGUCGUCUGCGUCUUGACAUGGGUACUGCUCUACAGCAAGGUGAUCGUGCCGGCACUGAGGGGCUUCUCCUCCGGCGACGACGGCGAGCCGUCGCAGCUGCAGCGCAUGGGCGCCGGGCGGCUCCUCAUGGCGCUCGCGAUGGCGGUCUCGGCGCUCGUGGAGAUGAAGCGGCUCGACAGCGCGGCGCGCGGCGAGGCCAUCAGCAUCGCGUGGCAGCUCCCUCAGUACUUCUUCCUGGCCGGCGCGGAGGUGUUCUGCUACAUCGCGCAGCUGGAGUUCUUCUACGCCGAGGCGCCGGACACCAUGAAGAGCACGUGCACGUCGCUCGCGCUGCUCACUAUCGCGCUGGGAAGCUACAUGAGCUCGCUCAUCUACGCCGUCGUGGCAACGUUCACCGCGACAGCGGAGAGCCCUGGGUGGAUCUCCGACAACCUCAACCAGGGCCACCUCGACUACUUCUUCUGGGCCUUGGCGGCCAUGUGCACGCUCAACUUCGUCGUGUACAGCGCGUUCGCCAAGAACUACAAGCUCAAGACGGUGCUCCCGUGACGUGAUCACAAGUUGCAAUGCUCGCUUCUCAUCUUGAAGAUUCCAUUGCAUUGUUGCACAAUUGCCAGUUGGUAACUAGCAAGUACUGGCUCAACGGCAAGUACAUACAUAGGAAACAUAGAGUAGGAAGAAAAUGCAGGAUUUUUUUGCCCUUUUUCUUUCCUUUUUCUGAAAAAAGUGCACAGAUUCCUGUGACAGCAACAUUCUUUUUUUUUUGAAUUUUUUUGCUUAUUUCGUUCUCAUACAGUUAAAAGAUACAUGUAUAAUGUCAAUGUUUUUUUUUCUCUUGUACUUCAACC